CAAUAUACCACAAAUAGACAGCACAUUGGAUGUGUAGUAUUGACUAUUAGUCUGCCAGAUACUACAGACAAAAAUGCUGUUACAGUUAGAAAGUUUAAGUCAUUCUGUGAAUCACUUCAAACUCUGAUUAUAUUAUAUUAUAUUAUAUUAUAUUAUAUUAUAUUAUAUUAUAUUAUAUUAUAUUAUAUUAUAUUAUAUUAUAUUAUAUUAUAUUAUAUUAUUGAGUGUAAUUGUUAGCUGUAUAAUCAUUGACUGUGAUGAUGCAUUAACACAGUUUAUUAAUAUUGUAAUUCUAGCAAUUGUUUGAAAUGAAUUUUCAUUAAAAACAAAAAUGGUAGCGUAUAUUUUUAAUUUUAUACUUUGUGUUUUAUCAUCUUGAAUUUAAAAUUUAAAAAUCUUAACACAGCUACGAGAAACCACCAGAGGAAGUGACAGAAAUUUGGUAUCUUUCUCUCUUCUGAUUGCUUUAAUGCCAAAUCUAGCAACCAUUUAGAUCACCCUAGUAACCACAUUUGGGGAACACAAAUAGCCAUAUCUCAGCACCAGAACAUCGUAGAAACUUAUGGUUGGCCUCUAUUGACUUUGGGUAGUGUAUUCAUAUCAUAGCAACACCCUAGCAACAACCUAUGACACUUAGCAACCAUUUAGAUCACCCUAGUAACCACAUUUGGGGAACACAAAUAGCCAUAUCUCAGCACCAGAACAUCGUAGAAACUUAUGGUUGGCCUCUAUUGACUUUGGGUAGUGUAUUCAUAUCAUAGCAACACCCUAGCAACAACCUAUGACACUUAGCAACCAUUUAGAUCACCCUAGUAACCACAUUUGGGGAACACAAAUAGCCAUAUCUCAGCACCAGAACAUCGUAGAAACUUAUGGUUGGCCUCUAUUGACUUUGGGUAGUGUAUUCAUAUCAUAGCAACACCCUAGCAACAACCUAUGACACUUAGUAACCACAAAAACACUCUAGAAACUGCCUAGCAACCACCCAGAACACCUUAACAGUGGCUAAGUAACACCCUAGCAACCACCUAGAACACCUUACCAACAUUAUUGUGGAUUUUUCUUUUGCUAUUGAAUCAAAUAGGAAUGCAAAAAUAUUUUAUUUAUUUAUUUAUUUAUUUAUUUGUAGUCUCUCAUUCAACCCGGAAAUGUAAAAAGGGUCCUUUAUUAGAAAAUAUAAUCAAUAAAAGUUGCUUAUUUUCUACACUAAAAAAGCAAAUGUUUCCUAAGGGAAGUAUUGUCAUGCUUCUCCAUGCUAUGGCAUCUGCGUGUGUUUGUGAGCAAGUAAACAAGUGUCAUCAGCUGAGAUCAGACGGGACGAGGAGCAGUGACUGUGGUCGUGUCCUUCUAAAAACUGCAGGCCAGCUCCCCAGGCAUGGCUAUAAAAAGAAACAGCGGAGGACUAAGAAAGCUCCGAGGAGAACGAGGGGUUAUUCUUAGUAACAGAGAUGUUAGUGCUCCACUGAGCAUGCUUUGGAUGAUUUGAUCGCUGGCAUAUUGUUUAACAGUGGGCCGGGGUGAGCAGAGCCGUGUGGACGCGUGUGUAACGCACGUGCUCUGAGGUAGUCGCAGUUCUCCGCCUCGUUUAACAAAUGCUUUUUCCCCUCAGAAAAAAAAUAAAUCACCCACUGCCAGGAAAAACAACAGAUGCUCAUUAUACUUAUAAAUUAUUGAGAGGCCCAUGUUGAGGCUUUUUUUUUUAGAAAUAAAGUGUGUGUUCUUGUUCUGCAGACUAUCUGCUGGUUUCAGAAAUACAUUACACACUUCUGAACAUCUAAAACCCACUUGUUUGAAAACAUCAUUUUUUCUGAUUCCAUUGACACUGUGGUGCAGAAAUGACACACUUCACUUUGGCAGAAUUUGCUCUGUGGUGGUUAAUUGUCCUCCUGAGGCUCUUGAAGGUUAAUACCCACAGGAGAAUUACAUUGCUCAGAGGUUGCUCGCUCAAGUCAUUGGAGACUUAAUUGGGUUCUUUGUACUGUUUUGCUAAAGUAGCAACAGAUGUGUCACCUAAAGUUCUGUAGUGGAAAUAAAAAUAGUCACAAAUGAAACAGUUAUUGAUAUAAAAUUAAUAUGGAUACAAUAGCUUGGAUCAUUUGGUCCUGGAAUAAUUGCAAAUGUUUAUAUUGAGAAGACUUUUGAUUGCAGAAUUCUAGUACAAUAUCUUGAGCUCAAAUCUGUUAUUAUUCAUCAUGCAUAUGCAAAUUCCUGCAAAUUAUUAUAUUAUAUUAUAUUAUAUUAUAUUAUAUUAUAUUAUAUUAUAUUAUAUUAUAUUAUAUUAUAUUAUAUUAUAUUAGAUUAGAUUAGAUUAGAUUAGAUUAGAUUAUGCAGUUAGAAUGCCCCUAAAAUUCAAGAUAUCAGGGCAAAAAUGCCCCUGUAUGAGUUUUUGUCUCAUAUUUAUAAUGAUAUUGUUAAGCAAUAUCACACACGUAACAAGCACCAUAUCACACAAGUGCUGUUUUUGCCCUGAAUAGCACAAGUGCAAAUGUGAUAUUGAUUUUAUACAACUACAACAGUUCAAUAAAUAAGAAGUUAAUAUUGUGUUAUAUUUUAGAUUAGACUGAGACUGAUUUUGCACAAUUUUGCCAAAGAAAAUAUUACCUAUGAAGCCUGAGCAGAACUGUUAUGCAUCUCCGAGCAACACACAGGGGUGCUUUGUUUCUAAAUGAAUCCACGUUUUGAGUAAAUCAUUUGGAGGAAUCAAUGAUUCAAUUGUCCAUUCAUAAGGAGAGCCAAUUUAUUCCUGAAUGAAUCAGCCGUUUGAACAAGUUGAAUGAAUGAAUGAAUGAAUGAAUGAAUCAUUUAAGACAUUUACUGCCACCUACAGUUUUAGUUUCGUAUCAUUUCAUUCAUUCAUUUAAAAAAAAAAAAAUCCAUAUAUCCAUUAUAAUUAUAAAAAAAAAAAAAAAAAAAAAAAACAUUACAGGUAUAGUUCACCCAAAAGUUGAAAAUUCGUUCAUCGUUUACCCACCUCAUUGAAGACUAAAAGUUUAUGUGAAAAAAAAUUCUAUGUUGAAUCAAAUAAAAUAUUUUUGAUGCUUUUGUCAUUUAACACAAUAAUGACUUUAUCUAAGAUAUUUAAGAUGACUUAUCUUUUGGGGGUAAUUUCUCAGCCAUAGAUUAAUUAAUCACCACAAUGUGUACUUAAUUAGCUUGAUAGCUCCAAUUAUAUUAUAUUAUAUUAUAUUAUAUUAUUCCUAUAAUUCCUUGGGAAAAAUAAAAAAUAGUCGCAAAAGGGACAGUUAUUAACAUAAAGUAAGAGUAUAAUCCACACAUUUAAUUUGGAUAGCAUUGUUUGGAUCAUUUGGUUUUGGAAUAAUUUGAUGAGAGCUAUUUGAUUCAUAUUGAGAAGACUUUUGAUUGCAGACUUCUUGUACAAUAUCUUGAGCACAAAUCUGAGUUUGUGACAUUAUUGAGAUAUCUCAAUUUUAUUCACAUUAAAAAAACCUGAAAAGCAGUAGACAGAAGCUAAAGUCUCCAUUUGCACUUAAUCUUGUUGCUCUCUAGGAGAAACUAUCGAGACAAAAUGGAUUUCCUUUGUGAGUUUCUUUCCUGCAGCAGGCUCCUUUUCAUAAUACGCAGCCACUUUUGGCUCCAUUUUUGCUGAUUUUUUUCUCAGUGUAGCAACCUACUGCUUUGUAGUCUUGCUGUGUUUUUUUCUGUUGCUAAAAAUAGCUCACAGCACUGUGCGUACCCGAGAGAGAGAGAGAGAGAGAGCGAGUGAGAGAGAGAGAGAGAGAGAAAGAAGUGAUCUGUCUGUGGAACAAAAGGAAAUCCUCUGAGUGAUGUCACUCACAAACACCUCCCGGUGAAGGGAGGCAGUCUGAGCAGGGGGGAGCGAAAGAUACAGUGGACAGAUGCGCAGCGAGUGAUGGGGGAUGAUGGGAAGAGGUGAACGCUAGCCCGCUCUCUUUAAUGACUCGCUUCUGCUUGACUUGGCCAGAGCUCCGGGGAGAGUUGUAAUGGAGAACAGCGUUCAGCCUAGAAACAAAUACACGCGACUUCUUUAGGACGGCCUCUUGGUAUGCAGGGAUUGUUCUUUAAUCGUACAUCGCUUGUGCGUGCGUGUUUGGCCAUGUGGAAGUGUUCAGUGUGGCGGUACAUGUGACAUUGCAUGUGUCUCCGGUGGGCUGUUCCUUGAGCGGUGGAGGGUUCUGCAGAGGUUGGGGAGGGUGAGAGAUCCAGAGAAACCAGACUCAACACACACACUCACAGGAAUCAGCUCACCAUUACAGAAGCACCGGUGCAGUUGAGAGCGGAUCGCUGGUAAUUACACCGUUCCGAAGGCUUAUCCUGUGUGCCGAGAACAGGAAAGAAAUGGAGGACUGGAUCAGCUCGCUGAAAUCGGUUCAGUCCAGAGAGCAUUACGAGACGGCACAGUUUAAUGUGGAACAUUUCUCAGGGAUGCACAACUGGUAUGCCUGCUCCCACGCUCGCCCUACCUUCUGUAACGUCUGUCGGGACAGCCUCUCAGGGGUCACUUCUCAUGGCCUCUCCUGUGAAGUGUGUAAAUUCAAGGCCCACAAAAGAUGUGCAGUCAGGGCUACCAAUAACUGCAAAUGGACAACGCUGGCCUCUAUCGGGAAGGACAUCAUUGAGGAUGAGGAUGGGAUUGCGAUGCCACACCAGUGGCUGGAAGGUAACCUGCCCGUCAGUGCCAAGUGUGCCGUUUGCGACAAAACAUGUGGCAGCGUGCUGCGCUUGCAGGACUGGCGUUGUUUGUGGUGCAAAGCCAUGGUGCACACGGCGUGCAUGGAUCUCUACCCCCGCAAAUGUCCCCUUGGCCAGUGCAAAGUGUCCAUCAUCCCCCCUACCGCCCUCAACAGCAUUGACUCAGACGGCUUCUGGAAGGCCACCUGUCCCCCAUCAUGCGCUAGUCCACUCCUCGUGUUUGUCAACUCAAAAAGCGGAGACAACCAAGGGGUAAAAUUUCUGCGUCGUUUCAAACAGCUGCUCAAUCCCGCUCAGGUCUUUGACCUGGUCAACGGUGGACCUCAUUUAGGCCUACGCUUGUUCCAAAAGUUCGAUAAUUUCCGAAUCCUUGUGUGUGGUGGAGACGGAAGCGUCGGUUGGGUUCUGUCUGAAAUCGAUAAACUAAAUCUUCACAAACAGUGCCAGCUGGGCGUUCUGCCACUGGGCACCGGGAAUGACCUGGCGCGUGUGCUUGGUUGGGGGCCGUCAUGUGAUGAUGACACGCAACUCCCUCAGAUACUGGAGAAGCUGGAGAGAGCCAGCACGAAGAUGCUGGACAGGUGGAGUAUAAUGACGUAUGAGAUUAAAAUACCUCCCAAACACAGCUGCCCCGUCACACCUGAGGAGGCAGAGGACGGCCAGUUACAGAUAUCUGCUUAUGAGGAUUCGGUGGCUGCUCAUCUCACAAAGAUCCUGAACUCAGAUCAGCACUCAGUGGUCAUAUCUUCAUCAAAGGUAUUGUGUGAGACAGUGAAGGAAUUUGUGGCCAAAGUUGGAAAGUGUUAUGAGAGAAGCAGUGACAGCACAGAGGAAGCUGAUGCACUGGCCCUCAAAUGUGCAAUUCUGAACGAGAAGCUAGACUCCCUCCUGCAGACGCUGAAUUUGGAGGCCCAGGCCAUGACGCCCUCAGCCCUCACCACGCCACCCAUCGUGGAAGAGGAGGUGGAGGAGGAAGAGCUGGAGGAAGAUGAAGAUCUGAGUGAAGAGUCUUUAACGGAGCUGAAGGAGAAUGAGACGGAGAAGGGCUCCGCUCAUAAGCUCUUCAGACCCCGCGAACAGCUUGUGCUGAGAGCCAACAGCCUGAAGAAAGCGCUCAGACAGAUCAUUGAGCAGGCAGAGAGAAUGGUGGAUGAGCAGAACGCUCACACUGAGGAGCAGGAGCUGCAGUCUCCCAAUGACUUCAGGAAGGACAGUGAGGAGGAAAACAAAGACAAUGAGAAGGACGAGGACACUAAAGAACUGGAAGUUCUGCCCUUGGCUAAGUCACCGUGUUCGCCGCCGGAGAGGCGUAUCAGUCGCAGCACACAGUCCUGUGGCUCCUUUUCCAUCACCCCCUUCACCACAAGCAAGGAGAACCUGCCUGUUCUCAACACACGCAUCAUCUGUCCCGGUCUGCGGGCUGGUCUUGCUGCCUCCAUCGCUGGAAGCUCCAUUAUCAGUAAGAUGCUGCUUGCCAACAUAGAUCCAUUUGGUGCCACUCCCUUCAUAGAUCCUGACCUGGACUCAUUAGAGGGCUAUUUGGAGAAAUGUGUGAUGAAUAACUACUUUGGGAUUGGCUUAGAUGCAAAGAUCUCACUGGAGUUCAACAACAAACGUGAGGAGCACCCAGAGAAAUGCAGAAGUCGUACUAAAAACAUGAUGUGGUACGGAGUUCUGGGGACAAAAGAGCUUCUGCAGCGGACCUAUAAAAACUUGGAGCAGAAAGUUCAGCUGGAGUGUGACGGGCAGUACAUCCCACUCCCCAGUCUCCAGGGAAUCGCUGUGCUGAACAUCCCCAGCUACGCCGGGGGAACCAACUUCUGGGGCGGCACCAAAGAGGAUGAUAUAUUUUGUGCCCCUUCAUUUGAUGAUAAAAUCUUGGAAGUGGUCGCUGUGUUCGGUAGUAUGCAGAUGGCUGUCUCAAGGGUGAUCAAGCUGCAACAUCACCGUAUUGCACAGUGUCGCACGGUGAAGAUCACCAUUCUGGGAGAUGAAGGGGUGCCUGUCCAGGUGGACGGAGAGGCCUGGAUUCAGCCUCCUGGAGUCAUCAAGAUUCAGCAUAAGAACCGAGCUCAGAUGCUGACAAGAGACCGGGCAUUUGAAAACACAUUGAAGUCUUGGGAGGAUAAACUGAAAUACGACAAGCCUCCACUGAGGCCGCACUUGUAUCCUCAGCAUUCUGUGGAUCUGGCCACAGAGGAGGAAUCCGCGCUCAUCCAGAUGUGUGCUCGAGCCGCUGAGGAUCUCAUUACCAGGAUCUGUGAGGCUGCCCAAAACUACCAACUCCUCGAGCAGGAGCUUGCCCACGCUGUCAACGCCUCUUCGCACGCCAUCAACAAAACACACCCCAAGUUCCCAGAGAGCCUGACAAGAAACACUGCCAUUGAGGUGGCGAGCACCGUGAAGGCCCUGCACAAUGAGACUGAGUCUCUGCUAGUAGGACGAGUGCCAUUGCAACUGGACCCUCCGCAUGAAGAGCUGCUGUCCAAUGCCCUGCAGAGCGUCGAGCUUGAACUGGGCAAGCUGGCUGAGAUCCCCUGGCUCUACCAUAUCUUACAGCCCAAUGACGAGGAGGAUCACUCCCUCGAGUACGGAAAAAGAAACAGUCGGAGUGGCAUGUUUCGCAUAGUGCCAAAGUUCAAGAAAGAGAAAGUCCCCAAGAAGUCCAGCCCACAGUCAGUUCAGAGGUGGGGCACUGAGGAGGUGGCCACCUGGCUGGAGCAGCUCAGCUUGGGGGAGUACAAAGACACCUUCAUCCGCCACGACAUCCGCGGCUCCGAGCUCCUGCACCUGGAGAGGAGAGACCUCAAGGAUCUGGGGAUCUCGAAGGUGGGUCAUAUGAAGAGAAUUCUCCAGGGAACUAAGGACUUGGCCAAGAGUUCGAUGGUGGACCUGUGAGACGUCAACACACAUUCCGUUCGCGAGCGAAGAGGAGUUGAAGCGGAGCUCCGGUGUGGGAGGCGCUUUAGUGUCGUGGAUUCAUGUAGGAAUAGCUUGUAGAAAAGCAAAGAAUGUUUGUUUUAGAAGCAAGCGCUGGUGCCAAAACGACAAGGAUUGUGUCCGAGACUUUUAGACCCAUAGAAAAGCCAUUCCUCACUUAUCGCAUCAACGGCACAAUCAGGUAUGCAAUUCUCAUAGUGCACGCGACCUCUGGCCUCUUUAAAAGAUCCAAAUCAAGUAGCAGAACAGGACUUCCAAACAGCGUUUUCUCCGAGAGGAGCACGGCCUCUGAGUAGCUCACUGGCUCUUUGCCUUGCGGUAGAUGGCAACAACAGGAGGGCGAUGUGAUGUGUCAGCAAUAUUCUGCUUUUGACAGCACUGUUUACAUUUUAAGGAGACGGGAAAAAGACUGCUGGAGUAUCGCAAUCAGACGGCAAUCAUCGUAGUGCGACGGUGCAGUCCAGGAAAGGUCAAAAGGGGUUUCCUUCGACAGUGACAUACUGAUGCAUGGUAUGCUUGCUAUAUUUGGAUAGCUAUUUUACUGCAUGAUCUGCGUCUUGUUUUUUAUUGUACAAACUAACACUUGAACAAGUUUUAUAUGAAUUUAGUAUAAUGCCGUUUGUUACUACUGAAGCAUCCCUUUUGGUCUAAGUAGACUGCUGAUUUAUUUCUAUUUAUCUGUCUGCAUGGAAACCUUGUGUCAAAAGCAGUGUCAUGUGCCAUAUUUAUUGUCAGAUGAGCUUUAUUGGUAAGAAAUGUUUUAACCUUAACAGUAGGAAGUUGUUAGGUAAGUUGACAUCUCGGUGAAUCAAGUACCAAAAACAAUGUCCCCAAAAAGUUUAAAUUUUCCCCCCUAAAAUAUUCUUCAAAAAAUGUUGCUCAGAAAAACAUCCACACCACAUUUGUUUGUGGCUUAAAAUGUAUUAUUAUACAUUAGUUGAAAUAGGACUUCUAUCGUUUUGAAUAAGAAACUGCAGUUGACCUGCAACAUAGUUGAUAUUUGCUGAGUUCAGGAACCCAGUGCAAGUUCUAUAGGAUCAUCUACAUUUGGUUGGUGGCAUUACAGGGUAUAAGAGAUGUUUGUUAAUAUAUGCACUGUAUAUAUGUUUAAAAAGUCUAAACUGUUAACUCCAGUUAUAAGUAAGGCCUUUGUAUAAUAGAAAGCUUUCAUGAUAUUAUCAGAUGGCACAUUUAUUUGUGUAUAGCGCACCAUAACACCUUUGUGAAUUAUUAUGUUAAGUAAUCGCCUUUACACGUUAAGUGCUGUUGUACUCUAUGGAAGGUGCAAUAUUGUAUUUAUUUUGAUACAUUUCUUCUCUAUGAAGCUUUAUUAUGUGAGGUUUUUCCAUGGAAAACUAAAAAGAUAAACUUCA